UAACGAAACUAAAACAGGAAACACCUGAAAACUACAACAAAGUGUAUGUAAAUUUGCUGUUUUGACUGUCUAUACUGUACAGGUUACUUCCUUGAAAUAGCAUUUAUUCACGCUAAACAACAAGGUGCUCCUAGUCUACUCAUUCCACUCAUUCUGCUGGUGAGUCUGCAGUUGAAAUGAAUAUAGCUGUGACAAACAUCAUCAUCCUGGGGAUCUUCUUAGGUUUAACGAGUGGAACUGGUUUCUUACCAGAUGAUGUACAGACUAAAGCUGUUGGAGGAACAGUGACUUUCAUCACAUCUGUAUCUCCAUCAGAAAAACCACCUUUAACUGUGGCUUGGGACUUUACCAAUAACAAUGGUAUCGUAACUAAUAUAAUAACCAGUGCAUCAAACUACACUGCACCACAGUACGUAGACAGGGUCACUUUCUUUAGUUCUACUGGAUCUCUGGAGCUCAGAAAUCUGGCUCUUACUGACAGUGGACAAUACCAAGUUACCGCUGUACUAACUGGACAACCACAGAUCACAGGACAAACUAGACUGAACGUACUUGUUCCAGUCUCCAACGUAACAGUAAACGUCAGCAGCACAGACCUGGUGGAGUUCAACAGCUCUGUCAGUCUGUCCUGCUCCUCCUCUGGGUCCUCGCUCUCCUUCCUCUGGCUGAACCGCAGCGCUGUGGUUACAGCCACUGACAGAGUUCAGCUCACUGAUGGAGGAAGAAAUCUCACUAUAGUCAGUGUGAGCCGCUACGACCAGGGACCGUUCAGCUGCAACGUGUCCAAUGCUGUCAGCAGUGGAACCAGCAAGGCAGUAAACCUCUCCAUCAGCUACGGUCCAGUAAAUAUAGGUUUGAAAACAUCCCCUUCUCAGAAUUACUACGUAAAAGGGUCAAGCAUCAGCUUCUAUUGCUCAGCUGACUCCAGUCCUGCUGCCCAGUUUACAUGGUUUCUGAACAGAACCCAGCUGAAUGAUACUGGACCAGAACUCAGACUGACCAACAUUCAGACGAGUCAGAGUGGAAACUACAGCUGUCAGGCCUUUAACAACAAGACUCUGAGAUAUCAGACAUCUCAACCCUCAGCUCUUAUUCUACUGGAACCUCAAGCUUCAACCGGUGGUUGUUCAGGUGGUUGCAUCGCUGGAGUAGUGAUCGCUGUUGUUGUUGUUGUUGUUGUGGUUCUGGUUCUUCUAGUUUAUUUCCUUUGGAUCAAACCGUAAGUGAAUUUUCAAUAAUUCCGACUGUAGAGUAGCUUUGACUAAGGCCUCAUCUCUGUAAAUGUAUAAUAUAUACUUAAUAUAUUAACAUAUUUUAUUUAUUACAUACUGUAUCAGCAGAGAUGCUGCUGCUAGAGCGGGUGAGUCCUGCUACAGCUGUGUGUUUAGUAUUUGCUGUGAUGGUUUAUAAUUCUAAGUUCUGUAUCUGAACAUAUGUUGAAGGACGUGAAGGUCAGAACAACACAACAUCCCCACAGAACCAGGUAGACGUCUCUGUGCUUUACAUCAUGCAUCACCAUUUAUAACGGUGUUCACACAUACAUUUACAGUAUAGAACAAACGUAGUGAGUAACAUGUGAUCCCUAUUUUUCACUAUUUAGAGUUUAACAGUUGUUAAGAAUGAUGUCAUCAGUUGCAGCACGCUGACAUUUUUGUGUACAGCUGUAAAAAUGAUACAGGUCAUGGUUUUACUGGUCAGUGGCUUUUCAAUAAAAGGUAAAACAUAAGUGCUCCUGUCACAAAACAGAAUCUUUGGGUAUCUUUGUGUAUAGUAGUUUGAUUCACAGCGUACCUCCCUCAACCAUCAGGCUCAUCUAUAAUCAACCUAUUUGCCGACAUGUUCUGUUCCACACACACGAAGACUGAGUCAUGCAACUUUGUGUCUCAAGUUCUCGUUUUCAAACCCACACAAACCUUUAGUUCAUAUUUGACCCGUUGCUCUACGUCUGUACAGGAGCUGGAAUACGCUCACAUCAGCUUCCAGAACAUAGACGGUGGGACUGUCCAGCUGAGACCAGAGGACAAGCAGUCUCAGUAUGCUGAGAUUAAUGCGUACAAGCCUCAUGAGCCGUCGUCAUCGUAGACGACAUUUAUGAUAUUCCUUAAAAGUAAAAGUUUAUAGCCUAAAUACUUUUAGAUCUCCAGCAGUGUACUGCAAUAAAUGCUUUAUUGUAACAGAAACAUUGGGCUCAAAAAUUGGGAGUUUUUACUUUUGUGACCAAAAGAACUGAAGAUAAAAUUGUGUUAACAAAAUAACUUUGAUGUUCUAUGGGACACAAGGAUGAAAGGAAGUAAACAAGAUGUUUAUUCGUGUCUGUCUCUCAGUGAUUUGUGAUAUUCAUGUGUGGAAAUAUUGAUUCAGCUGUGGAUUCAAGGAGGUUUGUUUGACCAAUCAGGAGAGUCUGCAUGUAAAAAACAGGAGUCUGUGAACAGGAGGACAUCCCCUGUUAAUGUACUUUGUCUCCUUAGUCUGUCACUGAGGAGAAGGAGCUUAAGACCUCAGUUUUCAUCCUGGUUGAGCUGAUAUAGUUUAACAGUGUAUUGAUUGGUCCUGGUUCAGCAGGAGACACUCCAAUGUAUAGCUGAGUAUUUUCAGCAUUGUGGAAUGCUGUGUUUCCCGAUGACAUCUCCGUGUUGGAACUUGUAAAGAUUAAAAAUGGUGAACCCACAGAACUGUCAGAUUGAGCCCUGGGGAAGUGCACAGUCUACCCUGUAGCUUUCAGAUGAGCUUUCAUUCAUUCUAACGUAAAGAUUCUGUCUCAAAUAUAAGAUUUAAACCAAAUAGGUACAGCACCAGUGAGAUUAUUACUCCUGCCUUUUACACAGUAGUCAAAGGCAGCAGUAAAAGCCAACAUGUCCAAGUUAGUUCUAAGAUCAUUUAAAACCUUGAACAUUUUGACAGAUCUACAGUAUGAUUCAACUUACAAUACUUGGUUAAAAACAAGCUUUUCUAAAAUUUCACCUAAAAAUAGCAGGUUGGACCCUGGUUUAUAGUUACUGGAGUAAAGGAUUCAAAUUUAUCUUUUUUGCAUGAUCUUUCUGGUAUUCUGCACUUUGCUUACAGAAUGUUUAGUUUCUUCAUUUCUCCCUGGUCUUAUUGUUUGUAGUGACACUCUACAAUCUACAAUCUACAAAAAACCAUUUACAGUCACAGGAAGAAGGCAAUAAAAUUAGCAGCCGCUUCAGCAGUAAUGUAACGUUUCCUCAUUGUGUGUUCCAGUGGAAUAAAUUGUUUAAACACACUGGUGGACAGAAUGAAAAGAGGCUUCAUCAUUUAUUCUCAGAGGCAACUAGCUGUGUAUAGUUUAUUGUGUAUCACUACACUGAGUACAUUCUUGCCAUAUUUGUAUUCACAUGUGUAAAUAUUACAAUACAUGUACUACACUGAUUUAAAAUAAGACGGAUAUUUGCACUGAUAUUUAGAAAAAAAAAUAAAGUUAAU